UUUAAGCCUUCCAUUCUGCUGAGUGAGUACAUUUGGCCUGGUCCCAACAUGAGACUCAGAGUAUCAUUUUUCCAAAAGACAGGAUCCAGAAAGAAACCCCGCCCCUUCACACCCACUACUAAUUAUCAUACGACAAAAUCAAGCUGUUGCAUCACUGGCCCAUCACUUGCGAACCUCUGCUUCUCGCUGCUCUCAUUCCUGCAGAGGAUGAGUUUGGAACACAUGGAGAAUCUGCCUUUGCACCACGCAGCCCCUGCAGGAGCGCAGAGGCCGGGCUGGAGGCCGUGGGUCUUCUCGGUAGUCAUUGUGCUACUGGUUGGCUUCUCCAGUACAGUCAUCUUCUGCCUUCUCCCAUUCAAGACUGCCGGCAAGCCUUGUGUCGCUAAGUUUGGACCAUUACCUUCAAAAUGGCAAAUGGUAUCUCUCGAGCCCUCCUGCGUGAAGCAGGUAGCUGACUGGAAGCUGCAGGUACUUCAGGGCGGCGUGUACUCAAUUUAUGGCCAGGUGGCUCCCAACACCACCUACAAAGAAGCAGCUCCUUUCGACGUGAGGCUCCGCAAAAACAAAGACAUUAUACAAAAUGUAAAAAAUAAUGCUAUGAUCCAAAGUGUAGGAGGGAUUUAUGAGUUGCAUGAAGGAGAUACCAUAGACUUGAUCUUCAACGUUGAAUACCAGGUUCUAAAGAAUAACACGUACUGGGGGAUCUUACUGCUAGCCAACCCCCAAUUCAUCGCCUAGAGUCCUGAUGUGGUCUCCUCAUCCUCUUUAGCAUGUGCCAAGAUGCUGGUGGGUGUGUUGGAGGACACAGGUUUUCAAUGUCUACAGAUUGGGUGCACAUAUCAACAUCCCAACAAACAGAACUCCUCUGCCUAUGGAUUCUCACCUCUCAUGCUUAUCUGAAAGAGACUCAGAGGAAGGGCCAAGGGUAUUUGGUUACCCCUGGCAUUGGCUUGGCAAAGACACUAUUAAUCCAUGGUAAAAUGAAUAUGGGUGGCCACAGGGGAGAAGCUCCUUGAAGAGUCUGUCUAAUCUUUGAAUCCCUGGGUGGAAGAAUGAGGUCUUGUUCUCAUGGGAGUCUCACUUAGUCUGCUAAAAGGAUCUAGCACUGCAGCCUGGUCUUUUUCUCAUAUUCUUGAGCUGUUUCACUUUAUUUUUCCCAUACUCCAAUCCUCUGAGACCCUCCUAAAUAAAAAGUGGUCAGACUGGUGGGGUGGCCAACAGCACCCACUUCAGAUGUGGUGAUAUUAGAGGACAGAGAACACUCUAGAGAACUAGUGGAACAGAGGCACAGGUGGCAUGGAAUGGAAUGCACUUUAUUCGGGAAGUUCCUUUGAUUUCAUCGUCCUCAGGAUGCAGGGUGCUUUAUAGAGCCAGCAGGUCGAGGGGGUCACUCUGUGCCUUCACACAGGGCUUCGUGAAACCUUGUUUGUAUGUGCAUCUAAACACUGUCAACGGGAAAGACAGACCAAACAUUGGUAAUCACUAGGUCUCGCCCCGGAAAUUGGGACUACCAGUUCUGUAUGAUGUCGUGGAAGAAUUUCACGUAUUUAGCUGGCUCUCUACGGUUUAUAAGGUGCUUUCGCAUAUCACAGGGAAACUCUAUAAAUUUAAUGGGACAGGUAUUUUUGGGCACUGUUUUAACAAUGAGUAUACAAAGGCAGAUGACUCGUCCCAAUCCACAGAACUAGUGAUUAACGGGGCCAGCGGGCUUCCCACCGUAUCACUGUCUCAGCGUUAGAGUUGGCACUCCUGCCAUCACGUUAUGAGCCAAUAGAGUUUAACAGGUUCAGCUUUCAGGAGGUAUUACUCCCUUUCGGCCCAAGGUGGGUAGGGGGAAGCCUCAACCGAUCUCUCCUUUCUUGGCAAACUUUUUUUCCCUUCCCUGCCUGGAGCAGGGAGCACUGGGGUGUUGCUCAGGGAGGACCCCAACCAAAUCCCCGUCCUCGUUUUGAAGAGCCUGCCUCGAUCAAACGGUUACAAAGUCGAUGCAAUGGCACCCUGCCUGAGUCUGGGACUCUGUUAAAUUAAUAAGCUCCUUGUGGGCUCUUGUUGAAAGCUACAUAACGUGAUCGCAUGUUAACUGAAUCUAAAAUAUUUAUGGAUGUGUGUAAAAAGCUACAUUACGUUAAGUAAUAGCAUCACACACAAAGCUAAUUUAAAUAUAUUUGUAUUACGUGUAACAGAAAUUGCUCUGAGAGCAGGGUGAGCCUGAGGCCAGGAGGUUUCUUAGGAAGCAGUUUUCUCAACAUCCUCUGAGGAGCAAGAGGGCAGAAGGCUCCUGCGCCUUGUUCCUCUUGCACUUACGUACCUUCUCAGGAAAUUUAAGUUAUAUCACAUAUUUAUGGAAACUCGGUAGAAUUGAUCUUUGUUAAAUUAUAAGCAGCAGUGUGCUGGGAUGGGCUGCCACUAAUUUGUGGGAACCGAUUGUUACAUUUUUAGAAGUAUUUUUUCAAUCUGGUUAUUAGUAAAUACUGCCAUCCUUGAAGCUGGCCAUGGUGGGGCUAUCUGUAACCCUGGUCAUUGGCAAGCAUGACCAAUCAGGGCUUGGUUUAGUUUGGUUUUGAGAACUCAUUCACCCUGGCACAGCGUUUGUCAGACUCGCCUUCUUAAUGAAGUUCCAUUUGCAGCAAAAGCCUCACAUGAUAGUAAUUUCUCAGGGAAAACAGAGGUCUCAUCAGCAGCAACCAGAGAUACGGCUACCCACAGAUGACCUUCAGAUGUCCCUGGCGUUGUGAUUUCAGCCUUUGUUUUCAAUGCAUACUCUGCUUCCUUGUUUCCUCAAGUCGUUUCUUACUUCGAAACCUGUAAUAAAAUAUGUCUUGGAAAGUGGA